AUGGACAGUCAGUACCCUGCACUGGCCUGUGUCGUACCCAAGCGGAGUGUGCUUGAAAAUCAGAUGUAUAUUAAUUGCGAGCGAGUGUAUGUGUGCAUGCUGAGGACGGAGGCCACGAAUGUUGAGAAAGCCUUAGUAGGUGGGAACUUGCCAGAGGUGGCCUCUGCCAUCAAGGAGACUCUGAAGAUAGUGUCCAGGACACCAGUCAACAUUGCUAUGGGGGACUCUGGCAGUGGGAUGAAUACCUUCAUCAGUGCCCUUUGAAACACAGGACAUGAGGGGAAGCCCUCACCUCCUACUGGGCUGGUAAAAGCUACCCAAAGAUGUGCCCCCUAUUUAUCUUCCCACUUUCCAAAUAUGGUGCUGUGGGACCUGCCUGGCACAGGGUCUGCCACCAAAACCCUGGAGAACUACCUCAUGGAAAUGCAGUUCAACCAGUAUGACUUCAUCAUGGUUGCAUCUGCACAAUUCAGCAUGAAUCAUGUGAUGCUUGCCAAAACCAUUGAGGACAUGGGAAAGAAGUUCUACAUUGUCUGGACCAAGCUGGACAUGGACCUCAGCACAGGUGCCCUCCCAGAAGUGCAGCUACUGCAGAUCAGAGAAAAUGUCCUGGAAAAUCUCCAGAAGGAACAGGUCUGUGAACACUAA